AUGGGACGAAAAAAAAUUCAAAUAUCAAAAAUAACUGAUGAACGUAAUCGUCAAGUAACGUUUACAAAACGAAAAUUUGGUCUUAUGAAAAAAGCUUAUGAAUUAAGUGUCCUAUGCGACUGUGAAAUAGCGCUCAUUAUUUUUAAUUCGUCCAAUAAACUUUUUCAAUAUGCAUCAACGGAUAUGGACAAAAUAUUGCUCAAAUAUACCGAAUACAAUGAACCACAUGAAAGUCGAACAAAUAAUGAUAUUGUACAGAUUCUUAAUAAAAAAGAAUCAAAACAUCUUGAUCAGAAUGAUAGUGAUAAUGAUAUGGAAGAUGAAAGUGCUACUGAAAUGGAUAGUAAUCAUCCACUUCCAUCUCAUCAUCAAACACAUCAUCAACAUCAUUUAGAUAUAACCAUAAAUGAUUCAAAAAAACGUACAAAUAAUCAUAAUCAGUCUCAUCAAGCCAGUAAUUUUCGUCCAUCUUUAUCAAUGAUGAACGGUAUUACUCAACAAACUCCACCAAAACAAAAUUUUCUAUCAGUACAUGGAACACCUGGUAUUGAUGCUUCAUCAUCACCAUCACCUCAAUCAACAUAUUCACCACAAAGUUCUCCGAGUGAAUCACGUACAAGUCCAAAUGUAGCAUCGAAACAACAAUCAACAUCAAAUUUAAAUAAUAAAUUUUCAAUAAAUACUAAUAGUGGAACAACAUUAACAUCAACUUCAUCUCAUAUGACAUCUCAUCAUAAUGAUUUAACCGGAGCAGGUGGAGGAAUGACAAAUCGUCUUAAUCCUGAUUUUUCACUUAAUACAGCUACUGGUGGUGGAAAUGUCGGUGUCGGUGAAAAUAAUAAUUUUCCUCCAUGGCAUGCAUCAUCACAUUCAUCGUUAGCUGCUGCUCUACAAAUGAACACAUUACCAUUAGGUAUGAUGAAUUAUGAUAUGCAACAAGCUCUAUGUGGUCCUCAAUCAACAACAAAUAAUAAUAAUUCAGCGCGUGCCAGCCCACAUUUAUAUCAUCAACCACAACAUCAUCAUCAACAACAACAACUUCUUCAUUUAUCUCAACAACAACAACAACAACAUCAUCAUCGUCUGAAAAACGAACCAUUUUCACCACCUAUUUCAGUCGGUACUGGAAAUAGUCGUUCAUCAACAAUGGAUACAAAUUCCAGUCCUAAUUCAUCAUUAUCAAAAACUUCAAUAUCUUUACAACAACAUCCAUCACCAUCAUCAUCAAUACAACGAUCUUUUGAUUAUGUUAAUUCAUCUUCAUGUCCUGAACCUUCACUCAAACAUGCUCGUUUUGAUCAUACUGUUUGGCCUAAUACUACUUAG